GCCGCGGGGACGGGGGAGCUGCCGCCGCUGCGCUCCCCGGCCCGGCGCUGGGGAGCGGGCGGCGCCCGCGGAGCUGGGCCAUGAGGUUUCCUUUGCCUGAUCUGUAAACAUGUCAACAGACCUGCUCUGGUGUGAGGAUUGUGGUAGAAGCCUUGUAGGAGAAUGCAAACUCCACGGACCACUCAUCAGGGCUAAAGAUAGGGUUAUUCCCAGCCGAGCCCGUCUCACCCUACCUCACUACCUCACUUUGCGAGUGUUGGAGCUGCGAGCUGGAAACCAGCAGAUCCUUGGUGUAUUUGCAAAGAAAGUAAUACAGAAGAGAACACAGUUUGGUCCUUAUGUUGGUCAACUGUCUACAAAACUGACCUGCUAUGAUGAGAGCAGGCUAGUCCUGCAGGUAUUGAAAGAUGGAGGGAAGUACUUUCUGGACACUCCCAAUGAAGACUGUGGAAACUGGAUGAUGUUUGUCCGGCUAGCCCGGAACCAAGAAGAACAGACCCUUGUGGCUUAUCAGCACUGUGGAGAAGUUUACUUCACAACAGUUAAGCCAAUUGAACCCCACACAGAACUGAAAGUAUGGUAUGCUGCCGAUUACGCCAAGUUUAUGGAAGCUUCCGCAGUCUUCAUUAAAGAAGAAUCAGAUGUCUGUCCUUUGCCUCCAGCAGCAAAAGAGCCUGUAGACCCUUGGAUAUGCUCCAGUUGUGGAAGCACUUUUGCAACUUUUGCUCUGCUGGAAUCUCACCAGUGCAUCCAUAAAGACCGAGUCCUUCCUACGAGGUUCAGACCACCAAAUAAAUUGGGACCUGUAAAAGCAAAAAGCAAACUCAAAGGGAAACUGAGAGGAGCGACAUUAGGCAAAAGCAUUACUCAGUGCUUUGGGACCAUUUCCUGUUCCUCUGCUGCAAAGUUUAGCUGUGCCAGCUCAGGAAGCACUUGUGAUGCUCUCGUGAGGUUUAUACCUAAAUGGAGAAAUGGUCGGUCUUCACUGUUGAAGGGAAAAGAAGUGAAGCAGCCAGACAGUUACCCUUGCCGACUCUGUGGGAAGAUAUUUGAUUCCUUUGACAAGCUCACCGUCCACACUUACACGCACAAAGGGGAGCGCCCCUACAAGUGUUCACAGCACGGAUGCACAAAAGCCUUCAUUUCCAAAUAUAAACUGCUCAGGCACUCUGCUACUCAUUCUCCACAGAAGUCUCACCAGUGUGGCUACUGUGAAAAGACCUUUCACAGGAAAGACCAUCUAAAGAAUCACCUUCAGACUCAUGACCCUAACAAGAUGGCCUUCAAGUGUGAAGAGUGUGGCAAGAAGUACAACACCAAGCUAGGCUAUAAGAGACACUUGGCUCUUCACGCUGCCACCAGUGGGGACCUUACCUGUAGGGUAUGUGCCCAAGAGUUUGGCGGUACUGAGGUUCUGUUGGAACAUCUCAAAAGUCAUGCAGGGAAACCAGCUGGCAAUAUGAAGGAAAAGAAACAUAAAUGUGACCACUGUGAGCGUCACUUCUAUACCCGCAAAGAUGUGCGGCGUCACAUGGUGGUUCACACAGGCUGUAAAGACUUUCUGUGUCAGUUUUGUGCCCAAAGGUUUGGGCGGAAGGACCACUUGACACGCCAUACCAGGAAGACUCAUCCACAGGAACUGCUAAAGAGCAGGUUGCAGAACAGUGACUCAGUGGGUCUCCUUGACCAGCUUUUCCCAUACAGACUGAAAGAAGAUGCCAGCAUGCUGUCCCCUCUUCCUGAAAGGGUCUCUGUGCAGAAUGGUAUUGUGAAUAGUUCAGAAUCAGAGGAAUACAACUGUUCACAUCUUCAUUCCCAGCCAAGCUUACAAACUGCUCUUCCUCUUGAACCUUCUCCUCACUUGCAAAGGAUGGGCUGUGCAGACAGCCUUCCAGCUGUCCAUCCCACACCAUGUUCAACAGCCGUCCCUACCAACCUGAACCUUCAUCAGCCUAAUAAAUAUGACCUUAGUUCUACCUCACUUGCAGCAGGAUCCCUCAAGAAUCUGCCAAUAAAAGUGGAUGUUAAAGGUUACAAUGUGCAUCUUCUCGAGGACCUGCCGUUACCAGAACCUCAGUCUCUUCACAAAAUCAGUAUGGAAGAAGCUUCCUCAGGGCCUGUAGGGGAUACUAACAAGUACCCAGUGCACAAAGAGACAGAGGCAGCAACUGAAACUACAAGUCUGCCUUUCAUGGAUCUCACUCAUGUGAUGAGUUUCUGGCAGCUCCCACCAGGGGACAACCAGAACACUAUUGGGGACUUCACAAUGGCAUUUGGCCCAGAGGAACCAUCCCACAGGCUGAAUGGCCUUGGCCAACAGCAAGGUCUUCAGCUAGCAACUGGUGGGAUGGCCCUAAACCAGCUGCAUCAUUUUCCUCGCUCCUUUCCAUCCACUACAAAUUCUGUAACCUUGCCUCAUUUUCACCAUGCCUUCAAGUAACUAUCACCCUCUGUGGGGUUUUUUCCCUUUUUUUUUUUUUUAAGACUGUGCUUCUUACUUAAAUCUGUUAGGAUGGGGUGGUUUUGGUUUUGUUUUUAAGGAAAACUGCUCCAAAUGUUUUCAAAGCACAUUAUGAACAUGGUAGUUAAAUUCAGGAUGUUAAUAAAUAAGAAGCUCUA